UGGGCCCCUGCCUGCAUGUUUGACACCCCUGCUCUAACUGCUCCUUGUCACCCGUCCCAGGUCUCCGCUGCCAGAGAGGAGGUGCCCGGUCGCCGUGGUUUCCCCGGUUACAUGUACACUGACCUGGCCACCAUCUACGAACGGGCCGGUCGAGUGGAGGGCCGGAACGGGUCCAUCACCCAGAUCCCCAUCCUGACCAUGCCCAACGACGACAUCACCCAUCCCAUCCCUGAUCUGACCGGGUACAUCACAGAGGGGCAGGUCUACGUGGACCGGCAGCUGCACAACAGACAGAUCUACCCGCCCAUCAACGUUCUGCCGUCUCUGUCCCGUCUGAUGAAGUCCGCCAUCGGAGAAGGGAUGACCAGGAAGGACCACGCCGACGUGUCCAACCAGCUGUACGCCUGCUACGCCAUCGGUAAAGACGUCCAGGCCAUGAAGGCGGUGGUGGGAGAGGAGGCCCUGACCUCUGAUGACCUGCUGUACCUGGAGUUCCUGCAGAAGUUUGAGAAGAACUUUAUCGCCCAGGGUCCCUAUGACAACAGGACCGUCUAUGAGACCCUGGACAUCGGCUGGCAGCUGCUCAGGAUUUUCCCCAAAGAGAUGUUGAAGAGGAUUCCACAGAGCACCCUGGCCGAGUUCUACCCCAGAGAGUCGGCCGCACGACACUGAAAACAACGAAACCCCUGAACCUCCGAACCUCCACCCCCCUCUGUCCCACACAUCACCCUCUCAAACCGCCCCCCCAUCACUUCCUCCCUGUAUAAAGCAGGUGGUGUUCCUAAUAAUGUGGCCCCUCCAGGUGGUGUUCCUAAUAAUGUGGCCCCUCAGUAGUUGUUCCGUAGCCUGUCUGUGUGUGGAUCGUGUCUGUGCUCGUACCUUUGAUGGUUAAAAAGUCGACAUAUCUUUAAAGUGAUAGAUCAGUCUUUAUUUAUUGGGGUUAUUGUGUUUUUGCUGGAAUUCCCCUUUUUAUGAUUCUUUGUUUUUUUUUCGUUCACAUUUCUUUGGUUAAAUUAACGCUCGUUUGUUGAACUGAAGCGCAGGUUGUUUUCCCUGAACAGGACUGCUCAGGGUUCAUGUCGUUCUUUUCCACCUCCUUCAUUUGGUUUCAUUAAAGGUUAAAGGUGUGUCUGUUUUCCCUUUUUCUUUCUUUCUCUUAAAUCAGAGGUUCCUGAACGUUCCUGUGGUCCCUCAGCUGCUCUUCCUUUUUUCAAACCACACACGUUUACACUUUCAGCUUCUGUCGCUUCAUUUCUGCUGAUGAAAGGAUCAUUCUAUAAAAGAAUAAGAGUCACAACAUUCCCUGUUUGUUUUUGCAGAAACUGAUUCAUUGUUGUUAAAUCAUAAUGUUUAUGUGUGUUUGUGUCCAUGAAUAAAUUAAAUUAUGAC